AUGGCGCCACCAGACAGGAUACUGCUACCCAAAGUCGCAGCCAAAGGCCAAGGCGAGAAUGAUCAGGUAGCUGCUGCCACCCAACGCAGAACUCUCCCCCCGCGCAGACGCAACGCUCCUGUUGCUUGCCAGACCUGUCGGAGACGCAAGGUCAAGUGCGGAGGAGGGCGUCCAAAAUGCCAUCAAUGUGAAAAGGCAUCCAUUGACUGCGUUUAUGACGCGCCAGCUGGCCUUAGCCACCGACAAGCGGAUAAAGAGCAGAUUACCAGGCUCCAGGCCACCGUCGAGCAUCUUCGCCAACGUGUCUCAGCGCAAAGUACUCCAAUCUCUGACCAGCUGGCAACCUCCCUUAGUCCUAGGUCAGUGGGAGCAUCACUGGCUGGGAGUAUCCAUCCAGAUGUGCAGUCUUCGGUCCAUCUAGUCGACUUGUUAAGGGAUCAACCCGAGGGCUUCGCGUUACAAGCCUUGGAGUUUCUACGACAAGGACGCUCCCCGAAGGCAAUUAUGGAGUCAAUUGGCGGUAAUUUGUCCACGAAUGUUAACCCGUCGAUGCAUGCAGCUGCGAGGGGCACCAUGAUCCCAACACAGACACCACUUGAGUUCCAGCUCGUUGUUCAACAUCCAAAAGUCUAUUCACCCCUCGCUCCUCUUACUACAGCCUCACUGGACUUGGGACUUCUCGGCAUCCAGCCGCUUGAUACCGGUAUGACUCCAGAUACCCAGCUAUCGACGCUUUUCUACAGGGAUGAGCCAAGUACAGUGGUAGACAGGACAGUCCAGCCGCAGGAUAUGAUUGGCAAAACCGCCUUCAGUGUGGAAAGCGGUAUUCCUAUUGACCCUCGUCUUCACCAUGUCGAAAUUUCGCGGUACACGAAUGUCACCAUAAGCAAUCAAUUCGCCGCAGAAGCCAUCUCUUUGUAUCUCAAUAUGAACCAGCCGUGGUGGGCAUUUUUUGAUACCGACAUGUUCCUAGACGAUUUAGUCAGUAUGCAGAACAGGUUUUGUUCCCGAAUGCUGGUCAACGCUCUUCUUGCCUGGGCUACACAAAGCUACGCGCACUAUGAACCGAUGGCCGCUACGCUACCUACCAAAUUCUUAGAUGAGGCCUUGCAGAUCUACGAUUCGGAGAAAAAUAUCGACGGGCUGACAACAGUGGCGGCGACGUCUUUGAUGAGUAUGACGUGGACUACUCUAGGCAAAGACAAAGCUGGACGGCGCUUGCAAGAACAUAGUGCCAGGAUGGCGCAGCGUAUGGGAUUGUAUGGAGAGUCAGAUUCCGUCUCAUAUCAUCAGUUGGACCUGAGCGAUGAGCGUGUUGAAGCAGCUGUAUGCGCAACUGCUUGGGGAUCUUUCAACUUCCAAAUGGUCAUGUCGAUGAGUUAUCACCAAGCGCCAAUACCAAAAAGAACACCGAGAUUUCGCAUACCAGGAAAACCACUAAUUGCAGGCCAGCAUGACAUGCCUAGUACAGAUGCAACCUACACAGCCGUCUGCCAAUUCUGGCUCAUAGCAUUUGAUAUGAACUAUCUAUACUACUUUGAAAGGUCUAUUUCUGUGUCAUCAGCUGUAGCGAUCUUUCAGAGGUUACUAGGCUGGGCAGAUGCAUUACCAGCCGGAGUCCAACGUCAUGAAAGCAAUCCUGACCAUCUUCUUAACAUACAUAUUUGGUUUCAUACAGCCAUUAUUGAUCUGUUCCGACCCUUCGAACACGAGUCCCCCCAGCCUAAACUCCCAGCCUUCGCAGGAGUAAACGCCACGCCGAAAGCCGUCAUAUCAGCAUCUAUUGAACAACUCAAACGUCUUAUCUACCAAUACCGUGCAAAUUGCGAGUCAUCCAAGUACUCCAUCAUCUGGCAAAGCGGCAUGCUUUACCUCGUCAACCACAUACUACGAGAUUUGUCCAGUAAUGAAUCGCAGUUCUACUUCCUACUCUGCAUGCGCGGCUAUCAGUACCUAGCCCGCUACAUGCCUUUUGUUAGCGGCAUAGUGCAGAGUCUGAUAGUCAUGACAAACCGACAGGGGGGUUCUUUGACGGCUGACACACAGCGGUUGCUGGAGGAGGUUCGGGAUGAGAGUCGGAGGAGCAGAGAGUUCUUUAGUGCUUACCCGGUUGAUCUUGAGAUGGUGGCCAAGGAUCCUUCUUCUGCAUCGUUGGAGAAACUUACGAGUCGUUUUCAAGAGGAACCCUUGGGGGCGAGCCAGUGCGAAGCAUCUGAUAGCGGAAGAUUGCCAGAUGGCUGGAAGGGUUCCGUUCAGGAUCUGACAACCACACUGUCUAUAUUGAAAGACGAUUGA